AUGAUAAAGAAGCCGCCAGAUUCGGGAUUGGGGACUCCGUCGGGUGCCGGCGUAUCACAGCACGCGCCAUCUUUGCUGCCAGAGCGUGCCCCCUCGGUGGGUGGCCAGAAAGGCCACGGAGAUGAAAUACCGCCGUCCGGGCUGAAGACGCCGGCAACAGAGGUCACUGUGCGGCCGAGGAGCGACGCCAGCGUGGCCAGCUACACGUCGAAACGCUCGAAACUAAGCCAGGCCUCCCUCAAUGCACGGCGCUUACGCGCUGAGUACGAAGCAGAGCUUGAGGUGGCCAAAAUAAAAGAAAAUCUUAUUAAAAAGAAGCUAGCCCUGGACAUGGCCGACCUACAGGUACAGGACGAAGAGGAGGGCGAAGCAGCGCACAGUGUUGCGAGCGGAGAAAUAACGGCGCGCGUAACGCGCUGGCUCGACAACACCCCCGCCGCCGCGCCGACCCCCGCCGUACCGCGUACGCCAUCGCCGCAACAUGAAGCCGCCAUCCCGUCCCGAGUGCCCGCACCGCCUUUGCCGCGCACGACGUCACCCCAGCUGCUGCCGCCGCUACCGAAGAGCCAGCCUCUAUCUGAUAUUGAUCGGUUAGCGGAGGCCAUCAGCAAGCUGGGUCAUAAGAGAUACGUGCCACGGCAAGUGCACGACUUACCGGCGUACGACGGAAACGCGUCGGACUGGCUAGGGUUUGAAAAAGCCUAUCGAUGUACGAAUGAAAUUCAUGCCUUUAAACCAUUCGAAAAUAUGGCGCGCCUUCGUGUGGCGCUUGUCGGCGAAGCGAAGGCCUCCGUACAAGAUUUACUGCGAACUGCCACGGAUCCAGAAGAGGUAAUAAAGGCACUAGAAGACCAGUUUGGACACCCGACUCGUCUUUUGGAGUGCGCGUUGAAGAAAGUACGUGAAUUGCCUAAACUUAGUGAGGAUGGACACGAAAUUCGCAAAUUUACAACAACAGUACGAAAUUGCGUCGCGAUUUUAAGAAGUAUAAGGGCCGUGGGAUAUUUAAAUAACCCACAAUUGGUUAACGAGUUACUUAAUAAAUUGACGCCUUAUCAACGAGCCCAGUACGGUGAAUUCGCAAUGAAAAGGGACAUCGAGAGCGACGUCGAUUUACGAGUGAGCCCAAAUCUGAGUAUGUUUGUCGAAUUCCUGAGUCAAAUUACUCGCGCGUCAUCGUAUUUCGCUCCUAUAAGUAUAAACAUCGCGCCCGCCAGCCGGACCGUCGCGGGCGCAGAGCGCGCAGGAUCUCACGCCGGUCGGCGCGAUAAGGCUGCGGUCCCAGUGCGCGCGGGCGGAGCGGUUCAUCGACUACAUGCUCAAGUGGAAACAACCGCGACAGUGUCUAAGACUAAACACAAUGACAAUAAAAUCGUGUGUGUUAAGUGUAAAGCGGACCAUAAGUUAACUGAGUGUACCGAUUUUAAAAACUUGCCUAUUGAUGAACGUUGGGACCUUGUCAAACUAAAUAGACUAUGUUUCAAGUGCAUUUUGAAAACACACUCGAGUAGAUAUUGUCGUGCAAAACGGUGUAAUAAGUGCAGUUACUCUCACCACGAGUUAUUACAUAAAGACGUAGAAAAGGCUACGCCGCCCGCGGAGGCGCCACAGCCUAGCCUUCCGCCAUCGGCGCCCGCGUCUCAAGUAUCGGCUUCGGAUACAUUUGAAACGUUAACGAAUGUUAGUGAAAUGAGUGCGAGUACUUUAUUAAAAGUGGUAUCUGUGACUGUUACAAGUGCAGGAGUCGAACAUUGCAUUUACGCGCUAUUGGACGAUGGUGCGACAUGCUCGGUUUUGGACGAUCGAUUCGCGAGUGGUGCAGACGGACCUAUAGUGCCGCUGAAUUUACGGAUGGCGCGUGACUAUUUUGCUAAAGACGAUAACUCUCGCAAGAUCAAAGUGAUAGUGCGCGGCUCGAAUGGUGUCAAUCAUGACAUUUCCGUGCGUACGAUGCGGGACCUUAGCUUGCCGACACAAACUGUACCGGCGCGCAUUUUUCGAGAAAACGCACACCUGCGGGACCUGGAUUGCGAAGAGAUGAGGGAGGCGAAACCCAUGCUGGUGUUGGGGCAGGACAAUUGGCGUCUCAUCGUCGGCAGGGAGCUCCGCGAAGGUAAAUCCGGUCGCCCGGUCGCUUCACUUACCUACUUAGGCUGGGCCGUUCAUGGCCCGUUAGGUGGGGGGGUUGGUGAUAGCGAGAUUGAAUCCGUCAACUGCAUGAACGCGUUUGAUGACAAUAAUGACUUGCAUGACUUAGUGAAGGCCCAAUUCGAAUUGGAAGCUAUAGGUAUUUGUAAUAUGUUACGUACCAACUCGGACUCUGAACGCGCUUUAGAAAUAUUAAACCAAACAUGUCGUCGCGUGUCAGAUAAUGCCCAGCAGUGGGAAGUAGGUUUGUUGUGGGCUCGUGACCAUGUAGAAAUGCCCGAUAACUAUAACUACGCGUUAAGACGACUUGCUGGGAUUGAGCGAAGAAUGGAUCGUGACCCCAAAUUUGCUUCCGAAUACGCUAAGCAAAUAAACAGAUUAUUAGAUGCGGGUUACGCGCGAAAAGUUGACAGUAUUAAGGCGAGUCCCGUUUGGUAUUUGCCACAUUUUGGAGUCACGAAUCCGAAUAAACCUGGCAAGUUUCGUCUCGUAUUUGAUUGUGCCGCCACUUACGAGGGCGUGUCCUUGAAUAAUAACCUACUAAGUGGACCUGAUUUGAUGAAUUCUUUAUUAGGAGUUUUGAUUAAAUUCAGAUCGGGUGAAAUAGCUUUCACCGCCGACAUUGCUGACAUGUUUAUGCGUGUAAAAAUUCGUGAGGCCGAUCAGGGAGCGCAGCUCUUUUUAUGGCGCGGCCAAUACCGAUCUCGUGAACCUGGAAUUUAUUUGAUGAACUCUAUGAUCUUCGGCGCGACCUGCAGUCCUACGUCGGCGAUCUACGUGUUGAAUAAAAACGCCGAGGAGUUCGCACGUACGCAUACUGCGGCGGUGGAAGCUAUUAAAAAUAAACACUAUGUUGACGAUUACUUAGAUAGUGUUGACUCGCUAGACACGGCACAACAGCUGAUCGCUGACGUCACCCACAUUCACCGAGCUGGUGGAUUUGAUAUUAGGGGGUGGGUGACAAAUUCACCUGAAUUGAGUGAAAAGCUGCCAGUUGUGGUGCCGGGUCGUGUUAAACUAGACAAGUCUGAAAACGAACGCACGUUAGGUAUGAUCUGGUGUCCGGCAAGCGACUGUAUGAAAUUUGAUCUGUCGUUUAAACGUUUGCCGGCGGAAUUGGUUGAAGGUCAGAUCAAACCUACCAAGCGUCAAUUUCUCAAAUUUAUUAUGAGCAUUUUUGACCCACUCGGACUGGUCUACCCUUGCGUGAUACAAUCACGAGUUCUGAUGCAGCGCGUCUGGCAGUCAGGCGUUUUGUGGGACGAAUGCAUCAAGGACACGGAGGCCGCUAUCUGGUUCGAAUGGCUUAGUAAGUUGAAAGCGCUAUCUGCCGUUGCCGUGCCGCGAUGGUACGGUUUGCAACGGACAGCGGCGGUAGACCUUCAUGUCUUCGGUGAUGCAAGCGAAAAAGCGUACGCCGCUGUGGGAUUCUUGGUUGGUACCGACAAUGGCGGCAAUAGGGUAUGUACUAUGGUGGGGGGAAAAGCACGCGUGACCCCCGUGAAGGUAGUAUCCAUUCCUCGUUUGGAAUUACAGGCCGCUGUGUUAGCGUGUAGACUAGCAGUGACAAUAAAAUCUGAAGUAAAUUUUGCUAUCACCAACCUGUACCUCUGGACUGACUCAAAAACAGUUCUUAUGUGGAUUAAUUCCGACGCACGCGACUAUCAAAGAUACGUUUCGCAUAGGUUAGCAGAGAUUGACAAUUUAAGUAAGCGAAGCGACUGGCACUGGGUUCCUUCAGAGUCCAAUCCUGCUGAUGAGGCAACCAGGAUGGACUGGCCUAACAACAAGGGCAUGUGGCUUUCGGGUCCCCCCUUUCUCUGUAAUCCACAGGUACCAUGGCCCAGCUGGAGCCGUGACGAGACCCCCGCUGAUCCUGAGCGUUUGGAGAGGGCGCACGUGGCAGCUGAGACCAGCCCAGAUCAGCUCAUCGAUGUGGCACGCUACUCCACAUGGACGCGAGCUGUGCGCGUCACUGCACGCGUGCUUGCAUUUAUACGCGCGUGUCGAGGUAAGCAGCGAACAGCGGACGAACUAACUAUGGACAUCCUGCAAGAGGCCGAGCGGGUUCUAUUGAAACAAGCGCAGGCUCGCUCCUUCCCUGAUGAGCUGCGCGCGCUGCAGGCGGGACGCUCGCUUCCUAGGUCCAGCCGCCUGCUAAAGCUGGAUCCUGUAAUCGGCGAGGAUGAGCUUCUUCGCGUCAGGGGCCGCCUUGGGGCGUCAACUGAGUUGUCGUUCGACGAGAGACACCCGAUUAUCCUCGAAGGUAGCUGUCGUAGCGCGCGGCUCCUGGUACAUCACUAUCACUGUCGUGCGCUACACGCGAACCACGAAACCGUCGUCAACAACUUAAGAGAGAGGUUCUGGGUGACUUGUCUUCGCCCGACUGUAAAGGCAGUCGUUGCGCGCUGUCAAUAUUGCCGCGUACAGCGCGCGCGGCCUAAACCACAGAAGAUGGGAGACUUACCGCCCGUAAGACUUACCACAACACGACGAGCAUUCGUCAACUGCGGGAUCGAUUAUUUCGGUCCUAUGGAGAUCACAAUUGGACGGCGCCGGGAGAAACGGUGGGGCGUCUUGUUUACCUGCUUGGCUACACGCGCCAUUCACCUCGAGUUGGCUGCGUCGCUGAGUAGUGAUUCUGCCAUACUUGCCUUGCGCCGCUUGAUAGCGCGCCGCGGGCAACCAGCGAUGAUUUUGAGUGACUGCGGCACAAACUUCGUAGGAGCGAACAGGGAACUGCGCACCGCUCUACGAAGCCUGAACGCCGAGCGACUUCAAGGUGAGGCCUUGUCUAAGGGCAUUGAAUGGCGGUUCAACCCUCCAGCAGCUCCGCACAUGGGCGGUACGUGGGAACGCCUCAUUCGCUCCGUGAAGAAUGCUCUUCAUGCUAUACUGAAGGAACGCGCACCAUCUGAAGAAGUUCUUCACACCGCCAUGCUGGAAGCGGAACUGGUCGUGAACAGCCGACCGCUUGCGUAUGUAGCAACUGAUCACGAUGAACCGGUCGUACUCACGCCAAACCAUCUCCUGCUUGGGACAGCGACGGGCGAGACCCGCAUGACGACCUUUGAGCCCUCUGACCUCAAUGCUCGCCGCCAAUGGAAGAAGGCGAAUGCGCUGGCCGAGAUGUUCUGGCGGCGGUGGAUCAGAGAAUAUCUGCCCACACUUCAGAGACGACAGAAGUGGACAACGGCAACGGACUCAGUCAAAGUGGGCGAUGUAGUGGUGUUGUGUGACGGCAAACAGCCGCGUAAUAUGUGGCCCCGUGGCAUAAUAACCAAAGUAUUUCCGGGAAGUGAUGGUCAUGUGCGUGUAGUAGAUAUAAGAACGGCCUCUGGGACGCUGCGUCGUCCUGUUGUUCGAAUAGCCGUGCUACCUACAGACGGUACAUUUGUCGAUUGA